CCACACAGGAAGAUCACACCAUCCCUCACCAUCAUCAGGGUGAAGAUCUUGGGGAUUAUAAUGUUGUUAAAGAGGAGUUUAAAAAAGAGGAAGAUCAAUACAGUUUAAUGGAAGAGUUUUUAGAAGAACACAAGGAACUGAACAAGGAGCCAAUAGCUAAGGAAAACCCACCAGAGAGAUGUCCCCGUCCUCUGUAUUCCACACAGGAAGAUCACACCAUCCAUCACCAUCAUCAGGGCGAAGAACUCAAGUACAUCAAAAUUGAGGUUAAAGAGGAAGAAGAAGAGAGGUUGGUGAGUGGAGAUCAGCAGUCUAUGGAGGAGGGGGAGAUGGUUACGCAAAGUAAACAGGAGAACUCUGCUCAACAUAUGGAAACAAGCAGGCACUAUACUUGGAAUAUCUCUGAGGAACAUUUUCUAUUCCCUCCGGAUUAUAACGCAGAAGAUCAAGGCCUUGCACAUUGUUCUCCAGGAGUAAAUCCCAUUGCUGUAAAUAGACAUCGGGGAUCUUAUCAUUUGGACCCCUCUAAUCCUGAGGAACCCUCUGAUAAUCCACAUACGAAUAGUCCAGAUUUCCAUAGAACAGACGAUCGAGCAACGGGUCCAUCUAAUGCCAAGGAAUCUCUAAGGAAUAGAAGAGAUCCCACAGAAGAGCCUUCAUGGUCAUGUUCAGUUUGCCUAAAAUCUUUCACCGGAAACGGAACACUUCUUAGACACCAAAAAAUUCACACGGGCGAGCGUCCCUUCUCGUGUUCAGAGUGCGGGAAAUGUUUCGUUCAGAAAGGAGUCCUUAUUACGCACCAGAGAAUUCACACAGGGGAGCGUCCCCAUUCGUGCUCGGAGUGCGAGAAAAGUUUCAUUCAUAAAGGGGACCUUCAAAAACACCAGAAAAUUCACACGGGCGAACUCCCUCAUUCGUGUUCAGAGUGUGGGAAAGGUUUUAUUAAGAAUGGAGACCUUCUCAAACAUCGGAGAACGCACACGGGGGAGCGUCCUUUUUCAUGUUUAGAGUGCGGGAAAUCUUUCAUUCUGAAAAAUAUACUCGUGAGACACCUAAAAACCCACACGGGCGAGCGGCCUUAUUCGUGUUCAGAGUGCGGGAAAUCUUUCAGUGAGAAAAAAACACUUCUUAGACACCAGAGAAGUCACACGGGCGAGCGUCCUUAUGCGUGUCUGGAGUGCGGGAAAUGUUUUAUUCAGACAUCAGAUCUCCGUAUACACCAGAGAAGUCACACAGGCGAGCGUCCCUAUUCGUGUACAGAAUGUGGGAAAAGUUUCAUGCUCAAAGGAGACCUUCGUAAGCACAAAAGAAGUCACACGGGCGAGCGGCCUUAUUCGUGUUCAGUGUGCGGGAAAAGUUUCAUUCUGAGAAAUGCUCUUGUUAGACACGAGAGAAUUCACAAGGGCGAGCGUCCUUACUCAUGUUCAGUUUGCACAAAAUCUUUUAUUGAGAAAGGAGACCUCGGUAAACAUGAGAGAAUUCACAACGGGCAGCAGCCUUUCUCAUGUUCAGAGUGCGGGAAAGGUUUCGCUGCGAAAGGAAAACUUCUUCAUCACGUUAAAAUUCAUACAAGCUAGUGUCCUUUUUCACAAAGUGUGGGAAAUGUUUUACAGAAAACAUUCUUAAACACCAGUAAAGUCACACGGGUGACUGCACAUCCUCUUUCUCAAGGUGACAGAUAAAACAUCAAGGUUUCGAGCAUAUGCACAUCCUCUUUCUCAAGGUGACAGAUAAAACAUCAAGGUUUCGAGCAUAUGCACAUCCACUUUCGCAAAGUGACAGAUAAAACACCAAGGUUUCGAGCGUAUGCACAUCCUCUUUCUCAAGGUGACAGAUAAAACAUCAAGGUUUCGAGCGUAUGCACAUCCUCUUUCUCAAGGUGACAGAUAAAACAUCAAGGUUUCGAGCAUAUGCACAUCCUCUAUCGCAAAGUGACAGAUAAAACACCAAGGUUUCGAACGUAUGCACAUCCUCUUUCUCAAGGUGACAAAUAAAACACCAAGGUUUUGAGUGUAUGCACAUCCUUUUUCUCCAGGUUUUAGAGUGUGGGAAACGUUUUAAUGGGACAGGAAAACUUCUUACACACCGGAUAACACACGCAAGGAAGAGACGUUUUUUCAUUCUCAAAGUGUGGUAAAAAAUGGAAACAUAUUGGAAAUCGAAUUAGACACUGAGACUACGCAGACUUGAUGAAGCUGUGGUCGAAUGUAUGGUGAGAUUGAACUGGGAAAGUUUAUUCCAUGUAUGUUAAAAAAUAAAAUCAUUCAAGGGGUGCAUCCUGGUUGA